AUGACAUCCCUUGAACAGAAAAAUGAUUUUUAUCCAAAGUUGAAAAUGAAAAUGUUUCAUGAAAAUCUUCAAAAGGAUAGUAGGAACUUCAUAAUUAAAGAUAAAGUAUGUCGGUUAACAAAAUCAUUUUACGAUUUGAAAAUUCUUCGCAGUUUUGAAAAUGAUGGCUACUUCAAAUUCAGAAGACACAGUAAUGUUUGCAAACAGGAAGACUACGACGCGAUUAACUACAUUUUCCACCGAAAGAAAGGUGAUGUUAGACUAUAG